CCGCUUUGGAUUUCAAAUUACUGUUGGGUGCUAUGGUGAGGAUGAAGCAAUAUUCGAUGGUGAUCGGAUUCAUAGGGCAGCUACAUUCAUUAGGGAUUGAAGAUGAUCGUGUUUUGCUAAGCAUUUCCUUGAAUUGCUUUUGCCGGUCAAAGCGGGUUGAUUUGGGUUUGUCCUUCCUAGGUAGAAUCUUGAAGCUUGGCUUUGAAAUCAACGUGGUGACGUGGAACACCCUAGUCGACGGUCUCUUGAUUAACGGCAUAAUUGAUCAAGCAUUGAGGCUCCUUGAUGAUUUGCGGCGAAACAGGCCCGAACCUGAUGAGACCACGUAUGCGACCACUGUAAAGGGUUUAUGUCGGGCAGGUAACACCAGACUGGCAAUUGAAUUACUAACAGAGUGGGAAGAGAGAAGUUGCAAGCUCGAUACCUUCACGUACGGCAUUAUAAUUGAUAGUCUUUGCCAGAUGGAACUGAUUAGAGAGGCCUUGAGACUCCACGAAAGUAUGAGUAGCCAAGGUAUCAAACCAGAUGUUAUUACUUACACCUCCUUGAUCCAUGGUCUGUGCAACAUAGGCCAAAUGGAAGAUGCUCUCGUAUUGUUAAAGAAGAUGACGAGCGUAGGUAUCCAACCCAACGUAUGCACUUAUAACUAGUUGGUUCAUUGUCUAAGCAACCUAGGCCAACGAAAAGAUGUGACGAUAUUGUUGGAGGUCAUGAUGUAGGCGGGCAUUGAGCCAAACAUUGUUACUUAUACCUCC